ACCCGGUGCUGCAGUGCAAUCGAUGCCCGAAAACUUUUUUGUUGACAGAAGAAGGGGAUUACAUGCACCCGGAGGAGUGCGUCUACCACCGGGGUCACCUUCGAUAUAACAUCGAUGUACUCUCGGGUCAACCUAUGUAUUACUACACCUGCUGCUCAGGCAUCGAAACAAUGACAGGAUGCUGCGUGUCCCAGGGUCACGUGUACGAUGGGCCUGACCCAAGUUUUUUGACGGGCUUUGUGUCGACAGUUGCCAAGGGUCCACAACCCGACGGCGGCUGCCCUGGGGUUUAUGCAAUCGACUGCGAAAUG